AUGGAUAUAAUAUUAUUCGCCCGUCAGCUACAGGAGAAGUUUCAGGAGAUGCGGACUCACCUGUACUCUACCUUUGUGGACCUGACGAAAGCCUUCGACACGGUGAAACGUGAAGAACUGUGGAAGAUCAUGCAGAAAUUCGGCUGUCCGGUGCGAUUCACUCAGAUGGUUCGUCAGCUGCACGACGGUAUGAUGGCGCGAGACACGGACAACGGAGAUGUCUCAAAGACAUUUGCAGUGACCAAGGGGAUGAAGCAGGGAUGUGUGCUGGAACCCACCCUCUUCAGUCUUAUACUGAAGGACGCCUACAGCGACGAACGCCCUGGGAUCCGCAUCGCCAACAGGACGGUCGGUCACCUGCUGAAUCAACGGCGGAUACACUUCCAAUCGCGCGUAUCCACAACCACCGUUCACAAACUACUCUUCGCCGACAACUGCGCCCUUAACACCACAUCGGAAGAGGAGAUGCAACGGAGCAUAAACCUGUUCUCUGUCGCCUGA